GUAUGGAAUUAUAUAGAUACAGCAAGGCCCCUUUCCCCCUCUUUGUACAUAUCAAUCAAUCAGAGAGAAGCUUCUUCUUAUUCUACUUUAUAUAAUAAAUUAGAAAACCCCAGACGACCAAUUGUUUUGGGGGUUCCUAACUAUAUCUAGUUUCGUAUCCAUCUGUACAUUUCAAAGAAAAAGCGAGGGAAUUUAUUAAGAAAAAUCAUCCAAAAUGAAGGCUCUUAUUCUUGUUGGAGGGUUUGGAACUCGUUUGAGACCAUUGACUCUCAGUGUUCCCAAGCCACUCGUUGAUUUUGGCAACAAACCCAUGAUCCUUCACCAGAUCGAAGCUUUGAAGGCUAUAGGAGUUACUGAGGUGGUUUUGGCUAUAAAUUACCAGCCAGAGGUGAUGCUCAACUUUUUAAAGGAUUUUGAGGCUAAGCUUGGGAUCAAGAUCUCAUGUUCACAAGAGACUGAGCCACUUGGUACUGCAGGCCCCCUGGCUCUAGCCAGAGACAAGCUAAUAGACGAUUCUGGAGAGCCAUUCUUCGUUCUUAACAGUGACGUUAUCAGCGAGUAUCCCCUGAAACAAAUGAUUGCAUUCCACAAGUCCCAUGGUGGUGAAGCUUCAAUCAUGGUGACCAAGGUGGAUGAACCUUCGAAAUAUGGUGUGGUGGUUAUGGAAGAAUCAACAGGGCAAGUUGAAAGGUUUGUUGAAAAACCGAAAAUGUUUGUGGGUAACAAGAUCAAUGCUGGGAUUUAUCUACUGAACCCAUCUGUUCUUGACCGAAUUGAACUGAAACCCACUUCAAUUGAGAAAGAAACCUUCCCAAAAAUUGCAUCUGAGAAACUGUUGUAUGCAAUGGUUUUACCCGGAUUCUGGAUGGACAUUGGCCAACCAAAAGAUUACAUUACAGGGUUAAGGCUCUACCUAGAUUCUUUAAGAAAAAACGCACCAUCUAAACUUGCUAGUGGCUCACACAUUGUGGGUAAUGUUCUGGUUGAUGAGAGUGCCAAGAUCGGUGAAGGGUGUUUGAUUGGGCCUGAUGUUGCGAUUGGACCGGGUUGCGUUGUGGAGUCAGGUGUUAGACUUUCCAGGUGCACCGUGAUGCGGGGUGUCCGUGUCAAGAAACACGCGUGCAUCUCAAGCAGUAUUAUAGGUUGGCACUCGACCGUAGGCCAAUGGGCUCGUGUUGAGAACAUGACGAUUCUUGGAGAAGACGUUCACGUUUGUGACGAGGUGUACAGUAACGGGGGUGUGGUUUUGCCCCAUAAGGAAAUCAAGGCUAGCAUCUUGAAGCCAGAGAUAGUGAUGUGAAGAAUGUGUCAAAUAUAUAUAGUUGGAUGGUUUUGGAGGGUUUAGUAUCUAUAUACCUUGUUUUUAUGUUUCUCUAAAGUGUGUUCUGUUUUGUCCUGUUUUUCAGCUUUUUAUUUUGUUAGGUGUAAAAGUGUCAAGGAUCUCAGUAGACAUUAGAAGAUGCAAAGGUUAAAAUGUUAAAAGGGUCUGUACUUUUUGGUUAUGGGUAGAAAUAUGAUGUUUUUAUGUGUUAUAUGAUACAAUCUUUUAUGUUGUAAUUAUAAAUAAAUUGUUUGUUUUGGUUUAAA